AUGGAUCCAUACUUCACCGGAGCUCCCCUAGAAACGGUGGAGGAGGAGGAGGAGCCGAAGUUGGAGCUAAGGUCCCACGACCGGAGGGCCUUCUCUCACUUCCCAUUCGAUCUCGCCGGAAGCUUUGAUGAUGAUGACAUGCUAUUUGAUCCUUCGGAUUUCAUCAACACUGAUUUCACAUUUCCAACGCCGCCUCCUUCACCGCGGCUGCCAGAUAUCGUUGAAGUCGUAGUUGGUUCGGAUGAAACAGGGAGGCUGGACGGCUCCGAUACGAGUUCCGGGAUGUUGGUGCCACUGGCUAGGAGCUUGACCGUCAAAUCCAAUGACCUGAUUGGAGCAAUUGAUGAUCUGGACCAAACGAUAAAGGAAGAAUUGAAUUUCCUUAGGAAGCAAACUCUCCAAAAUGCUGCUGUCAUUGCUAAUCAUUUUUCUGAUGGAGUAGGUGUGCAUCAGGUUCCUAAUCCCCCACCGCAGCUGCAGGCCCCUCAGCAACCACCACAGCUUUUCCCGCUGCCGCCGCCACCUCCUCUUCCUCCAUCUGGUCAAGAUUUCAGUGGUCAUUUUGGUUAUAGAGGAUAUCUACAAUCACAGGAACUAGCUGCUUUGGCUGACAAUGGAGGCACCAAAACGACCAAUGUUGUUGGUGGGGUACGAGGAGGAAGAGGGUCUUCUUCUGCUUCUGCUUCUGUUCAAGUUGCUGUGAGAAAGAAGCGUGGGCUCUCACUCUCGGAGCUAAAAAUAAAAGAGGCAGAUCACUAUGAAGGAGAUCGUGUGUAUUGUGAAAACUGUAAAACGUCAAUAUUUGGUUAUCACAGAAGCUGUGCGAAAUGCUCUUUUGACCUUUGUCUUAUCUGCUGCCGUGAGCUUCGUAGUGGGCGGCUUCUUGGUGGUGCAGAUCCAGUUGAGUUGAAGUUUGUCUCCCGAGGUCGUGGUUAUUUGCAUGGUGCAAGAGAAGAUAACAGCAUAGUAAAAAAUACAUCACAUGCAAAUGCUGAUGCUGAGAUUCGUCAAUGGUCAAUGUCUGGGUGGCGUGCUGAUAGUGAUGGUAACAUUCCAUGUCCAAAAGUCAAUAAUGAGAGUAGCCAUGGUUUUCUUGAACUGAGAAGCAUAUGUACUCCGGAUUUCAUCUCUGAGUUACUAUCUAAAGCUGAAAAACUAGCAGAAGCAUAUAAGCUUGAAGAUGCUGUUGAGACUCUGAAUAAUUGCUGUUCUUGUUUGAAGCCUGAUAGAAAUACCAACGAUGAUAGAUAUAUUAAUAUGAGGAAGGCAGCUUCUCGUGAAGAUUCCAGUGACAACUAUUUAUACUCUCCCAGGGCUGUAGAUCUAGGGCACGAUGAUUUAAGACAUUUUCAAUGGCAUUGGAGCAAAGGCGAGCCUGCAAUAGUAAGCAAUGUUCUUGAAUGCACGUCAGGUUUAAGCUGGGAACCUCUUGUCAUGUGGCGCGCAUUACGUCAAGUGUCCAAGCAUGAUAAACAUUUGGAUGUGGAGGCUAUUGAUUGUUUAGAUUGGUGUGAGGAACCGAUCAAUAUCCACCACUUCUUUACUGGGUAUACGGAGGAUCGUGAGGAUUGGUGUGGUUGGCCUAAAAUAUUGAAAUUAAAAGAUUGGCCCCCUUCUAAUUUAUUUGAGGAACGUUUACCUCGUCAUUGUGCAGAAUUCAUAUCAUCCUUGCCCUUUAAACAAUAUACAUGUCCGUACAAAGGUUCUCUUAACCUUGCUGUGAAGUUGCCUUGGGGCUGUCUAAAGCCAGACAUGGGUCCAAAAUCAUAUAUUGCUUAUGGAUUUGCUCAAGAGCUUGGGCGUGGUGAUUCUGUGACUAAGCUUCAUUGUGAUAUGUCUGAUGCUGUGUAUGUGUUGUGUCACACUGCUGAAGUGAAAUGGAAACCUAAGACAAUUACUGCUAUUGCAAAUUUGAUGCCACGCCACCUUGAGCAAGACAAAAGGGAGCAGCUACUUGGAGAUAGUCAGGAUGGAGAAAGUAAUGUUGACAAGCCUGAUAGUUCAUCUUCUACCAAAAAUUCCUUGGACAAGCAAAUUAGUGUUCAGGUCAUGGAAAAUGGAAGUGGACUGUGUGAUGUGAAAGUGAGUGGUCAUUCUUAUCCACACCCUAGUAUUAAUGAAGGUUAUCUUUCAUGUGGGUCAGAACUCAAAGAGGUUGGGAAAGUGACAAUGAAAGAAGAAAAUGGUAUAUUGAUUGAGGGGGAUGCUUUAGAAGGUGCUCUUUGGGAUAUAUUUAGGAGAAAGGAUGUACCUAAGUUGCAGGAGUAUCUAAAAAAGCAUUUCAGAGAGUUCAGGCAUGUCCAUUGCAGUCCUUUAAUGAAGGUUAUUCAUCCCAUCCAUGAUCAGGUCUUUUAUCUGACUGUGGAGCAUAAGAGGAAGCUUAAGGAGGAGUAUGGAAUUGAGCCCUGGACUUUUGUCCAGAAGCUAGGAGAUUCUGUUUUUAUUCCAGCUGGUUGUCCUUACCAAGUCAGAAAUCUGAAGUCAUGCAUCAGCGUUGCACUUGAUUUUGUCUCUCCUGAGAGUGUUGGUGAGUGCUUCCGUUUGACUGAAGAGUUCCGCAGGCUUCCGGUAAAUCACGGGUCAGUCGAGGACAAAUACGAGGUGAAGAAAAUGACUGUGCAUGCUGUGGUUGAUGUGGUCAAAAACUUGGAGAAUGCAAGGUCUAGAGAAACCAAGGUUCCAUCUUAAGUGUAUUUGUGAUGACAGUAUGAAUAUUCCCACAGGAUGUGCAAAAUUGAGUUGCUUAUGUAGGUUUCGGUGAUCUUGGGUUCCAUGAAUCAUGAUUCUUAGGAAGACUCCAUAUUUUGUUCUCUAGCACACCUUGAUGAGGUCUUUUGAAACACCAUAUAUUAACUUGUGAUGGUGUACAUAUAAAUAUAACACCCUGUAUAUAUAACUAGGGUGCUUAGGCUGAUUCAAGUUUACAGUCAGAUGCUGUUAUGAGCAUUGUACUUUUGGAACUUGUGAUUGGAUAGAUCAUGAAAUUCUAUGUUGCAGUACGUUGGCAAAAUAUUAGCUUUGCUGAUUUGAUGUCAUGUAAUCAUGUUAUUUGUUAACACUUUCCGCCUAGUAUGAGAAUAGUACUAAACUGUUGGUUCUUUCA